UCGACAUAUUAAAGCUACAAUACAUUUUAUAAAAUUUGAACCACUAAUGUCUGACUUUGAGAUCAUUAAUCGUUUGAUGCAGUGUUAGAAUUUAUGAACCAAUACUCGAGGUAUUGUUGCGACAACCUCGAAUUAACCACAAUUCAAUAUGACGGACAUGGAAAGAACUAUUUUGGAUCAUUACCAACUUUCAUCUCCAUAUCCCACAGAAUGGCCGGCAGAUAAGGACACGAGUGAUGCCUCGGAUGAGGAUGAUGAAGCUCCUAAGUCAAAUCAGAAUGGUUCAAAGGCAGCAGCUGUGGCGCGCAGAAAGUCGAAAUACUUCGCGCUCGAAAAAGCUAGUGAUCGCAAAAGUCUCAUUCCCAAUUCACAAAAAUCAGGCGACGGAGUAGAGAACUUGGUUCAGAGGGACGAGCCAGAUCCUUUGGGAAGUACCGAUAGUGUUGUUAGAGUUCUUCGGCAGCAAGGUCUACCUGUGCAGGAUGACAUAGCACUACGUUGGCACCUCUACCCCUUCUUUCAUACUGCCACUGACGGUACCAGGUAAUAGGUUCCUCUUGUCCUCUACAACAUUCUCGCCGGCCUUAUUUUUGUCGCAAGUUCAUUCUACCGCCUCCACGCAAGACCUUUUACGAGGACUAGAUCUUCUCUCUAGAUCAAUUGACCAGAAAUCCGCUUCCCUGAAGGUCCUCGUCGAAUCGAACUUCGAACGCUUCGUGCGUGCCAAAGCCACAAUAGAUAAUGUUUAUACUGAGAUGAAGUAUCGAGGGGCGGAGCCACCCUCAGCUUCCCGCGCUAGACCUCAUUCCCGCCACGCCAGCAGAAGUAGUUUUCGAGCGAGUAGUGGUAAUCAGAUUGGAAUGACGACACCAGCGCCUUUGGAUGUCAGGAAGAAGAACGCAUUGAUGAAAGAAAGCGAGUACGGUGUGCUUGGAAUUAAAACUCCCCUUUUAGAUGUCUCAGCAAAGGCAGAAGAGGUUUGGGGCCCGGCAUUAGGUGGAAGAGAGAAGGAGGAUAGUCUGAAAGUACUGGUUGGAACCGUUGAUCGCUACAAAGAAUAUUAUGAGGUCAACGCUGUUAUUACCGAAAGUAUCAAGCGGAAAGAUUAUGAAAGUAUUGUCGAAGAAUAUACAAAAGCAAGACGGUUUGCGGAUGAUGCAAAGAAACUCACCGAAACAUUAGGAAAUACACCGCCCACUGAUCCUCAGAUACACCAGAUCCUUCUGGCUGCCCGCGUAUGGCACGAUGUUGAAUCGCAGAUCGAGGAAUUUAAACGCGAUAUGUGGAAGAAGUUAUCACUAGCACAAGGCUCUAGCAAAAUGGAUGGAUUCAUGGGCGCUCAGCAGGAUCAACACAUGGAACUUAUUAGCAUAUUACUUGAGUUAGGGGUCACGGAUAAUCCUAUCUGGGUUUGGUUACUGAGUCGUUAUGACCACCUUAAGGUCAAAAUCCAAACAACUUCGGACCGCGCAAAAGUAGAGAUCGAAAUUCUACGACGGAGAUUAGCUAGUGCUGAAAAGCCUGCAUCUCAAAUUAUAGCCACUCAUUUGCGGUCGCUUGGACGCCAAAUUGUAGACAACAAACAAGUUUCGGUAGAUUCUCCUGACAUCAUCGAGCUGUGGGAGAAGAUGGACUCUUUCCUUCAUAGCAUGAUCUCCGCAGAAGGUAUUCUUGGCGAAGUGACAGAAUAUUGGCAGACUGUUCAAGGUUUCAUCGAUGGUAGGACACAGAAAGCUUUACCUGUAGGUAUAAAUGGAAAGUCUCGAGAGCAUCAUAGGCUUUCUGAUGAGAACAUUAUCGAAUUGCAACAAGGGACAGUUCAGCUAGUUGAUACGCUUCGGGAAAGUAUAUAUGAAUUGUUCGUCGAUCCUCCAAUUGAGGAUAUAUCAGCAUUGUUUUCACCUCUACCGCCUACGCCACGCACACCAAGAACGGCUGAUUCGUUGACCCCGUCUGCCCUUCGAGGUUCCCGGUUUACAUUUGAUCCCAACAACCUGCCACCUCCAUCUCCGAAACGAGGUGAAGCCUGGGAAAAAUUUGCAUUCUGGCCGCCGUGGUCAAACUCGGCCAGUGGAGUCCAUUAUCUAGCCAAAUUCGUGACCCUCGUAGGUUCUGGUGCAAGCGAGAUGUCGGGAUUAUAUCCCGUGGCUAAUGGAGAUGGUUCAGUUUUGGAACGGCUGAAGUCACUUGUUGGAGGGAUGCGCGAGAGAUGCGUGACUGCGAUACUCGCAGCAUGGAAUAAAGAUGCCGAAAAUAUCAAAGUCUUGGAAGAUUGGAGGCGUUCUCCAGACAAACGAGAUUUGACCAGGAUGCCAGCCAAUUUUAGUGCCUUCGAAAGUGCAAUCCUCAUAGGCAUGCAAAAGAUCCUUUACAUCUCUGACGCAUCAAUCAAGCCAGGCUCGGCCGACAUUGUUCUCCCUCCACCAGCAAAGCUCUUGCAAAUGGUUCGUAGUCAGUUUGUGACCACUCUUUAUAAAGCGUUGAGUGGGAUGGUAGAGAACGCAGAAAGAUCUAUCAAAAAAGCAGAAGAUGAUUGGACUACUGAUACGGAUGGUUUGGCAACUCCUGUGGCUAUGGUUGUUGCUACAAGCAUGGGUUCUGGAACUGUCGAUGCUAGUGACCGCGUAAGUCAAAUCUCCCGCUGUCAGAACUUAAUUAAUUUCUCUAGAAUGUUCGCAUGCUUUUGACUCUGAGCAAUCUGCAGGCCCUUCGUGUUGAUGUUGUUCCAAAUCUUACAACGCAGUUUGAGAAUGCCUUUUCCGUCAAGCUUACAGAGGAAGCUAAGACAAUAAGAGAUGUCCUCGGCCAAAUUGAUGCUCGUCUCUUUCAAUCUUAUACCAAACCUACUGUUGAGACUCUCCGCAACAUCGUGCGUCGUGGAAUUCUAGCACCGGACUGGGCGCCAACGGAACAGCCAAAAGCAGUUCGUCCUUACGUAUAUGAGGCUCUAUUAUGUCUUGUUAUCGUCCAUACCCAAGUAUCCACAACUGCCUCUUCCCUCACUGGUCAAGUACUCUCUUAUCUCUUAGAGCAAGUGUCUUUGGAAUUCUUGGAGGCUUUCAAACAGCGCCAACGCUUUCCGCUCAAUUCUCUUAUUCAAGCUACUCUUGAUAUCGAGUUCGUGGCACAGACCAUGAAUCAGUAUACAACAGAACGAGCAACCGAGACUUCAAGUCAGAUUUACCAGGAGUUGGAUAAGGGAACAGAUGGAGAGGCAAGGGCAAAGUUACAAAAAAUACUGCCAGGAAUGAGAGGUGAUUUGAAGAGAUUAAGGGAGGCGAGUAAGGGUGAAUUUUCUUGCUUCAAGAAAGUAAGGAGUGGUAAUAAAGCGGAUAGGACGACUAGCUCCAGUACCCAAAGUAUAGCUUAGACAAAAGAUCGAAUAGAUGUUAAUUAUUUCCAAACAUACUUU